AUGCUCAGCCGUGCAGUUCUUCGAUGGUUUCGGCUUUCCAAGAAAUACGGCUCUGUUUUCAACAUCUGCCUGGGACAAAAGAAAGCGGUGGUCCUGGUGGGAUACAAGACGGUGAAAGAGGCUUUUGUUAACCAUGCUGAAGAGUUUGGAGAAAGAGAAGUGCCAUUGGUGGCAAAAGAUGCAAACAUUGAUCAUGGAGUUACAUGGGCUAACGGUGACUCRUGGAAAGAAAUGCGCCGCUUUGCUUUGACAAACCUGAGAGACUUUGGGAUGGGAAAGACAGCGUGUGAGGACAAAAUCAUCRAGGAAAGUCAGAGCCUCAUUCAGGAGUUUAAGAAGUUUAAAGGUGAAGCUUUUGAAAUAACCCAGCUAACAAACUAUGCUGUUUCCAAUAUAAUCUGCUCCAUGGUUUAUGGCAGCAGAUUUGAAUACAACGAUCCAGAAUUUCAAACAAUUGUAACCCGAACAUCCAGAGGCCUCAAUCUUUUAGGCUCCCCUGCAGUGUGGGUGUACAACUUGUUCCCAAGCAUCGGCAAACUGCUGYUUUCUGACAGGAAGAAACUGAGAGAUAUAUUUAAAGAAAACAAACAACAUCAUUUAAUGCUUCUGAAUCGUUUAAGAGAGACCCUGAAUCCUCAGAUGUGCAGAAGUGUAGCAGAUGUCUUCAUGGUCCGACAGCAGCAGCUAAAGGAGUCUGAGAUCUCCAACAGUCACUACAACAACACAAACCUGCUGCUGACCAUCAUGAACCUGUUUGCUGCCGGUACUGACACAACAUCAAGCACACUCCAGUGGGCUCUUCUCUUUAUGAUCAAGUAUCCAAAAAUACAAGCCAAGGUCCAAGAGGAGCUGAGCAGAGUUCUGGGAGGUCGUCAGGUUCAGGUCCAGGACAGACAGAACCUGCCUUUUACCAACGCCGUCCUCCACGAGACACAGAGACUAGCAAACAUCUUUCCUUUGGCUUUGAUGCACAGAACGAGCCAARAUGUCGUCUUCCAGGGUCAUUUUAUCGAAAAGGUCAAMCUUUUUUUUUAAACAUAUACCAUCMUAAUCAWAUAAACCAGGRGUUCUUGACCUUUUUGACCUCAGGGCCCAAUUUGUUGAACAUAAAGUGAC